UUCAGAGCCUGGGAAGGCUCUUUCGCAAGGGUGGCCAGUCUGGGCGAGGUUACCCCAGGUGUGUCAAGCCCGCGCUUUCAGAAACAAAGAUCUACAAAUCGGCGCACCAUGGUGACACACUGAAGCCCAAAACCAUACAUAUCAAAAAACGCACUGAUUACAAACUAUAAACAUAAACGAAGUUAUAACUCUCGGUCGCGGGCCCUACUAGGGUCGUACCCAGUUCACAGGGCCCGGGCCCUUGCAGACUGCAACGUCAUAAAGUAGUAACUAAUUUUCGCGGGCCCUGCCAGGGUCGUAGGGCAGUAGCCAGGGCCCCGGGCCCUAGCAGAGGUGGAGGAGGAGAGCGGCGCCCUGCUCGGGCGGUUGCAGGGCGCGCUACGAGGGCGCGCCUCCGCCGCCUCGCCGUCGCGCGUCGCCAGCUCCAUCAAGGGCUACCUGACCAACAAGGUCGGCUCCCUGCAGCUUAGAGACUCAGGUUCCGAAGUCCCAAGCGAGGGUCGCGCCGCGGGACCAGUAACAAAUGUACUGUGAGCGAUACAGUAAUACUUUCUACAACAAGAAGACAUGAAACUAAUUCUCUGUAAUAUGAACCAUAUCUCGUACACGAGAUAAAGUUGUUGAAAUAACGAAAGACACAACAUUGAAGAUGGCGGAGGGACCUCAGUCGAUAUGGCAGAAGAUAGACCAUACGGUCAUACCGGUGGUGAACCUCGAGGUGCGAGAGGUCCGCGAGGUACUCUGGGAGAAGAUUCAGGAACCCACCUCGCAACGAAAGAUCAUCCUGGUGAUAGUAUCUAUAGCGCUGCUUCUAGAUAAUAUGUUGUAUAUGGUUAUUGUACCUAUCAUCCCUGAUUACUUGAGGUAUAUAGGCGCAUGGGGCGAGGAAGCAUACGACCAUGUAGUCACACUAGCACCAUACAAAGAAGGCAACAAAACCAUCACGCCAACCAAAAUUAUUCCCGCAUCGCACGAGGGCCAAGAAUCCGCAACUGGUGUUCUCUUCGCCUCUAAAGCUAUCGUGCAGCUGAUGAUCAACCCAUUCUCCGGUGCCUUAAUCGACCGUAUUGGAUACGACAUUCCCAUGAUGAUCGGACUUAUCAUUAUGUUUCUUUCUACAUCAAUCUUCGCUUGCGGCAGAAGUUACGGCAUGCUUUUCUUCGCAAGAAGUCUGCAAGGAGUCGGUUCAGCAUUUGCCGACACAUCAGGUUUAGCUAUGAUCGCCGACAGGUUUACAGAAGAAAAUGAAAGGUCAAAGGCUCUAGGAAUAGCUCUCGCGUUUAUAAGUUUCGGAUGUCUCGUGGCUCCACCUUUCGGCGGUGCAUUAUACCAAUUCGCUGGUAAAGAAGUGCCAUUUUUAAUUCUUGCAUUAAUAUCCUUAAUAGACGGGUUUAUGUUACUACUGGUAAUGAAACCUCUGAAAACUCAAAUGAAGGAAGCUAACGAACCUAAAGUGGCUGGCACCCCCAUCUGGAAACUCUUAAUGGACCCUUACAUCGCCGUUUGUGCCGGAGCACUGAUGAUGUCAAACGUUGCACUAGCCUUCCUCGAACCAACAAUUUCGAUGUGGAUGGAAGACAAUCUAACAAAAGAUAAUUGGAAGAUCGGCAUGAUAUGGCUACCUGCUUUCUUCCCUCACGUUCUUGGUGUCGUUAUCACAGUCAAGAUGGCGAGAAAAUAUCCUCAACAGCAGUGGCUCAUGGCAGCCGGUGGGUUAGCUCUGGAAGGUCUGUGUUGCUUCAUUAUACCUUUCGCGAAUUCAUACAAAAUGCUGAUGAUACCAAUUUGCGGAAUAUGUUUUGGUAUUGCUCUAAUCGAUACUGCCUUACUACCUACACUUGGUUACUUAGUUGACGUGCGUUAUGUUUCUGUAUAUGGAAGCAUCUACGCGAUUGCCGAUAUUUCAUAUUCGUUCGCAUACGCUGUAGGGCCUAUCAUCGCAGGAGAAGUAGUCGAGGCAAUCGGCUUCACAGCCUUGAAUCUUUUCAUAGCCUUCAGCAACCUUUUAUAUGCGCCCAUGUUAAUGUACCUCAAGAAUAUUUACGACUUCAAGCCAUUCGAGAACGAGGCUAACAUACUCAUGGCGGAUCCGCCAGAUAAGGAGUACCAGACUUACAGUAUGCAAGACCAGAGGCCUGUGAACGGAGAAUACAAAAACCAUUUGGAAUAUUCAAAUGUAGCAGGGCAGGUAGAGUCGGGAGUGCAAGAGUCUAAUGUCGAUGCCAAUACAGGAUAUUCGUACGAUCAGUCAUAUCAAGGAGGGUAUCAGAACUAUAGCCAACAACAACAGCAGGGCUAUCAACAAGAGUACCAACAGCAAGAGCAAGGGUACAGUCAGCCCCGUCAGCUGCCGGCACAGCCCCAGCCUACAGCUAGCAACCCGUUCCGGGCCCCUCAGCAGGCCCCACAAGCGGCGCCUGCGCCAGCAGCACCAACCCCCGGUCCCGUCAAGAACCCCUUCCGGCAAGGCUUUUAGAGCUCCUAAUUCAGUGUUGUUGUCUAUUUUUGAAUUUACUUGUUGUGUAAUUAUAAAUGUCUUAUAUUUGGGUAUUACUUCGAUCACUGAGCCGCAUCCAUCGGCGGCUGGUUACUUAGUGUCUGACUAGAUGUCUAUUUUAGCUGUGCUUUGUAACUAAAAACUAUUGUAGUAUAUUCGUUGGCUGCCUUCAAAGCGACGACGUGUAAGUAUUGUUUUAGAUCACUUAUAGAAAUUUAAGCAGGCAACAAAAAAUGGCUUGGUCUAUUAUGUGUUAAUCAAAUCAUAUUAAUGUUACAAAAAAUGAAGAGGUGAUUUAUCAAUAGAUUGCAAAAGUAGAUAGACUAUAACAUUGUGAAGAAGUGAAUCUAAUUAUUCGUUUGAUUAAUAAAAUUCGUUUUGAAGGCAACCACUCUGUUUCCUUGUUAAUCAUUGUUCGGAUACAACUGUUAUGCCUUCUUUAGUAUAUAGAUAGAAAUAACCAAUACAACUGUAAUCUAAGUCUUUGACCAAGACACACAAAUUCUUAUUCUAAUGAUUAAAGCGUAUAGCUAAAGCAAGGCAAUCGUGUGUAAUGAAAUGAUGACAGUAUGGUGACGUAUAUCGAUGGCAAAAUACAUAUCAAGGAUGACGCACAAGCGCAGAUCUGUACAGUUACUUCAAUUCAAAUGGAAAAUAAUCGUGAUGUAUAUAAAGGUACCUUUUUUCAGUGAUUUUAAAAGGUAAAACUAAUUUUAACCUAUAAAACAAAAUAUACCAAUGUUUCACCUUCAUUGAUAAGGAAGAGGCAAAAAAAGUGUACGCGUGACCAAAAAAUUUUAUUGAUAAAUAAAUGAUUUCUAAGUCGAAGAAAUAAUGAAUUUAAAGAUACAAAUGGCAAUGAAGUAGUUUUCUUUUUGAUUGAAGUAGCUGUUUAGGCAAUGGCCGAUAUGAUAUUAAGUAACAAUGUAAUUAUAACAUAAGCUAAACUAUUACUCAUCUAUUAGUUUUAUAAGGUAGUUGAGACAAUCGAAUAGGACCUACACGGCACUGUAGGCGGCGACCAUGUUGCACUGGUAAGGGCCUAAGAUAUCAUAUAUAUUCGUAAUCUUUUGGCACUUGCAUUUUUUAAUUUGCAAAGACGAAUUGUUGAAUUCUAUCAAAAUUAUUAUACUCAUUACAACAUUUAUGAGGACAAUUGAAUUUAUAAUAACAAAAUGUAUAAGUAAAAUUUGUGUUGUAGGAAAAAUAUUACAUAAUCAUUUUCUAAAUAAAAAGUGUGAAAGAACAUUAAGGCAGCUCAAUGGAUCAAAAAAAAUGUUAAUUCAUUAAAAUUAACCUUGAACUAUGAAGUAAUGAAUUAAUCACAUCAAGUAAUUUCUUGAGUGAUCAAAUAUUUUUGUAAGUAAAAUUAAACAUUUUAGUAAAUAUUUACUAGAGACUCGCCUUCGAAAAUGUUAUCUUAACUAUAUAUGAAAAUAUAUAGUAUCCCGUCGUAUCAUCUUGCUAUUAAUAAUAAUUAUAAUUUAGAUAUACGACUAGCAAAUGAAGGAAAUAUACAAGAUGAACAAUUUUCUCGAUGUUAUAAUUAUAACAUUGAGAAACAUAAAUUGGAAUAAAAAGAAAAAUCAAAAAGAGAAAUGUAUACAAGUUAAAUGGAGAUCAAGUUUAGUGGAAUUACAAAAAUUGUCUCAAAAUGCUAAUCGGAGAUAACCACUCCUCACUUUUAUGAACUUUGUGAUUAAUAAAUUUUAUGUGUAAAUUUUUGAUCUCUGAGCCUGUUUUAUAAGUAAAAUCGCUCGGUUUGUGUAUUUACGUCAUAUAAGUAGGAUUUUGAAACAUAAAUUCCCUUCCUAUGCUAUACCAGCAAUAUUAGAAUAAGUAUUCGCUUAAAUCAAUUCGUAUCAAACUUAUAUCAAUUAAAUAUCAAUUAGGCUAAGUCACAACUUGUGAUAAAGUUGCAACCAAGGUAACGAAACAUAUCAGAAUCUUUUGAUUCAUUUAGGCUAAGGAGACGUACUAUAUUAUUGUAUAUUGUAUUUUUCUCUAAGUGUAAUUAGUCGUUUUAACUUAGGAUUUAUUGAUUAGCGGUGUGUACCGGCAAUUACUACACGAUCAGGUCGUUUGGGAAUUAUAUACUGAAAUAUUUACAUUACAUAAUCUAAAAAUUAAAUUUUUAAAUUAUUAAUCUAAGAAUAGAAGCUUAUCAAAUAAUCUUUAAUUAAUUUAUAUAUUUUUAAAUUAAUCAAAAUAUUUUAUCUAAACCAGAACAAAGCAUUUCAUUGCAUUUUAUGGAUUUGUUAAAACAAGAUAGACAGAUUACGUUACUAUGCGUAUGUAAUAUGAUAUUAUGAGAAGGAAUAUAUAGUUUUUGAUUACAUAUGUAAGGAAACAAUGCAUAUCACAUGUGUCUACCCCAAACGACCAUGAAAUUUAGUUCGCAUACACAACAAGAGUCGAAGAUAUGUUAAAAUAAUUGUAAAACAAAUCGAAAGCGCCCGACAAGUCAAUUGAGUGUGUAGUACGUGGCUAUUGUGAAUAUUGUGCGUGUGAUGUAUCGGUUAUCGGUCUGUUCAGUGUUUGUUUGCAGUUGAAAUGUGGUCACGGUCAAAGCGGUUGUGGUGAAGCUGAGAUUUGCUGGUUUAUCUAUUACUAUUGUUGAUCUAAAAUAAUAUAAAAUACAUAUAUUUAAUUUCAACUUCAAACUUAAAUUUUUUUUUGUAUGUUAUAUAUAUUUGUAGCAUUUAAAAUUAAUGUUUUUCUAUCAUGUUUUCGCCUCAAUAUUAGAUAGAGUUAAAGGUUGUUAUAAUGUUAAUGUCAUUAUUGCAGAUCUCGUUCUGAUCCCUUACGAGGUAAUCAGAGCCAAGAUUUGCAAUAUAUUAUCAUUAUCAUAUUCAAUAUAUUUCUUUUAUUUUUUACAGAAUAAUAAUUGUAAAAGACUAAUGUGAAAAUAUCGUCAGUAAUAUAUUCAUUUGUAAAAUUUAUGAAAAGAAAGUAAAGAUAUACCAGCUUCACAAUUAAAAAAUAAUAAUUUUAAGAGUAUAUACUAUGAUUUUAGUUUAUAUAAUAACCGGCUAAUCUCACUUAACCCACUACUGAUUGCCGUGACGAUUACGAAAUGGAACAAAAUAAAUUAAAAAAACCUUUGAUUAGCCUGCAGAGUACAAUAGAGUUACGUAGAUUUUCAAUGCACAAAAUUACUUCAUUGCACAAAAUGCUUAAAUAAGUAUACCCAUUGUUAUACUUAGUUUCGCAUUACUUAACUAUAGUGAGUUUUAAAAACAAUUUGAGAUAUUUAUUGAGUACUCUAAGUCCUAUAGAGUCCUAAAGAUUUAACCAAAAUUAUGUUUAAAUUGAUUCAUAAAUCACAAGACAUUUAAACACAUUAAAAUAAAUAGUCUAUAUAUAAUUUAUUUGAAUGAAACUUAAAUUGUAGGUGCUCAUUUUACACCAAUAAAUAUAUGAUUGUAUUUAAAACUUAUUAUUGAUCUUCAAAACGAUACAUUUGAAAUAUAUUAAAGUAUAAUCGUAAGUUAGAGUCAAUUUUGGUGUCAAAUUCUCCCGAAAUUCAAUUAAUUAGUAGAGAUCAGCACAAAGUGGUUUGAUAUUAUAUUUAAGUGAAUCAUUGCUUCGUGUAUUUUGAUUAUAUGAUUAUUAGAAUUUGACGAACACAUUUUGAAUAUGUUUUUGGUAACAGUGAUUUGUGUCACUAUUUGUUUCAGUGCUGAAAAUAAAAAAAAACUUAUCAUUCAUCCUUCUAAUAGGAAGAAGAAAAUCGUUUAUUAGCAAAAUAUAUAAACAUGAACAGAAUAAAUUCUUGCUUAAACCCAAAUUAUACUUCAAUCAGAAUACACGAAUAAUGGAAUAGCAAUUAUGUUGUGAAAUGUGAAACUAAUCAAUUUAAUGUGUGUGCAAUUAUAUACUUUACAUUGUAAUUAUAUUAAUAUAUAAUAUCAGCAAUAAACGAACCGAUAUCGCAGACAUAUCACUAGACGUAAGUACAUAUACAAUUUUGAGAUAGUUUUGUAUGUAUCGUCUAUUAUGAUAUUGUAAAACGUAGCGUUAAUUUUCAACUGAAUAUAUAUUGUAAGAAAAUAAUAUGGAAAUUUAGUCUACGUACUGUUUCCAAAUUUGUAAAAGCCGGGAGUAAAUUAUUUUUAUGAAAUACAUAUGUACAAAAGAAUAAAUCUCGAAACGAUAAAACUAUCAUUUAAAUACGUAUUUAUAUUGGCUUUUAUAAUGACAAGAGAAAAGCAGCAAAGCUUUCAGAAGACUUGUACAGACUGAAGCUCAAGGGAGCUUAAUGCUUCUUGCAUUAAAUCGGGAUCUUCGUUAGAAGUGACUAUCGUAUGAUGGACAGUGAAUUUUCUUGUCAAUUCUACUGUACUAUAUAGCUAAUAGUGUAACUUGGAGGGAGUAACCCGGUUAGUGAGCGCGAGCGGCACGAUCUAUCUCUAAUCACAACACAUUCAAUGUGUUAAAAACUCUUAUUCCAAUGAAAAUCUCUUUUUUCUUAUUAUAUUUAAUCUUCACCGUUACAACAUUUUGCAAAUUAAUACGAAUAUCAGUUAAUCCAUCAUUUUAUAGAUUAUAUUUUACGAAAAUAUAUUUUCUAAAAAUUUAAAUAUUUAAUUAUUAUUUAUAGUUAUAUAUAAUGAAUGAUGGUAAAAUAAUGAUGUGUAUGUAGGGAAUGUGUGCUUGUGCUUCUAUAUACUUUUAAUCCUAGUAAUUCUUCUUGAAUCGUUACUGACUGCAAGCACAUGUUACAGUAAUUACGAGUAAAAUAUAUUAAUUUAAAAUUUUAUUAGAAAAAAAAUAACAACAAAAAUUUCACAUUAUGUUAAAAUAUAUUUUUAUAAUUUCACAAUAUUUCAUUAUAAUUUUUACUACUUCAAAAAUGUUAUAAAUAACCAAAGAACAUUUAUAUUUCUGAGAAUACAUUGGAAAUAGACGCAAGGUUCGACUAUUCUAUAUCAGUCACGUACCCGUGGUACAGCCAGCUGAACCAAGGUCAGGGGGGAUAUAAAUGGUCAAAUGUUGUUGUUAAAACACACAUAUCUGCGUAUACUAUGACAUGCAGACUUGUAUGAGUGUCUGAAUAGAUUAUUUAUAUUUAUUUUAUGAUUAUUAUACUAUAGCAUGUGCCUGCAGCUAGUAUUUUCUUAGAUCAACACCCGUCCGUUAAAUCUAUAUCGUAUUUUCAUAAUUAAUCGCUUUACUCAUUAAACCAUUCAAAUUUGCUAUCAUUAUCACAACACACAUAUUUUCAUAUUAAUUCUUCUUACUUCUAAACUAUAAGGAACAAGAUUGAGAGCAGAUCCUUUUGGAAGAUGUUUGUAUUGAGAUGGGUUUAAUAGGAAAUAAUCAAGUUUGUAUUAGAAACUUGCAAUGGGACUAGCACCGUAUGUGGCAUGUCCAUUCAUUUGACUAUACACUAAAACUUAUAAUCAAAGUAAUAAUUGACAAUUUAUUAUAAUUUCAAAAUAUAUAAUUUUAAGUUAUUCGAUUAGAAUAAAUCUAAAUUAUUAAAUACAUAAAAAAAUAAAUUCAUUUAAUGAAUAUCACAACACAGUUAAUUUUUUGUUCAUAUAAAUUCUUUAAAUACAUCCAUAAAUAUUAAUCCUUAUUAAUUGAUAAACAAAAAAUUGCUUAACAAACAUUAAGUUAAUGUUUGUUAAGUAAUUUUUUGUUUAAUUGAUCAUUUUAGUUGUAUUCAAUAAAUUCAUCAAAUUUUUAAACAAAAAAACCAUGUCGUAAUAUCAAAGAAUUACACAUAAAAAGAUAUAAAUAAUAAAAAUAUACUUUAAGAUAUAGUAUACUUAAUAAAGUUAGACGUUAAUACUCGCAAUAUGUACAUAUAGCGAAUGGAUGCCCACACAAAUAUGAGUGAUAGUUACGGAGUUAGGCACUUCUGUACUUACUAUACGUAGUGUCUAUAUAGCUCUAUGUGUAUAGGUUCUACAUUCUCUUGUAUCUCUAACAAUAAGGUAAACUUGACAAGGAAUUAUACUUUUAUAAAAACUACAAUUCCUCGUUAAAAGACAAGUUAGAUUCAAAAUAUAAUGUGACUUUUUGUAACGUAUCAAUAUUAAAAAAAAAAAAUCCUUUCGUCUAUUUUCGAUUUUUUUAAAACUUGUUUUUACAUUAAAAUGAUGGCAAAAAAGUUAUAAGAAUAAUAUUAAUUUGAGCUAAAUUUUUAAUUAAAGGGCUAUUAAUUGUUUUCAAGUAACCCGUGUUAAUUUUAAGGCAGCCGUGAGGCCCACUGGGCAAAAAUCUCUCGUUGUAUUAAAUAUUAUGUUUUAGGCGCUAUUUAUCUUUGUAGAGUUAGGUUUUCCGGGAAUAGCUCGUCAGUGCUAUACAAUAUAGUAUCUUUAAAGCUAAAGUCAACGUGACAGAAUUAGCUAUCUCAUUGCGCGCUGUACAUUGCUUGUACAAUAGAUAUUUUUUUAUAAAAAUUAUUGUCUAGCAAUAGUUUAAUAUUCAAAAAUUAGGCUUAUUGUUAUAAAAAAAUCUCGAUUAAAUUACCUUGUUCGUUAUAAUUCGUUUGGAAUCCAUAGGAUUUCUUAAUCAUUUCGCUUUUAACGUUAAGAUAGUUUAAAGCUUAGCUGAUAUAAAAUAGUAUUAAUUUAUCUCCAAGAUUUGUUACGAUUUGGCAUUUGACCUGUUGUUUUUAAGUCUUGGUGUAGUUUCACUUAAAUAAAAGUGGAAAUAUAACCACUAUUAUUAUUAAAUCAUUAUAUAUAAUCAUUCAUUCGCGUAAGUCUGUAUUUAGAUGACAUUAUAUCCAAAUAAUUAAGUAUAGUUUGAUAUAUUUACUGAAAAGUAUUAACAUUUUGAGGUGGUCGCAUUCACAGGACGUUUUUGAGUUAUAAAAAUAAAUUAUUUUUCAGUAAAUGCAUAACUAGAUUGAUAACUGUAAUAUAGGUGACGUAUGUAGUCGUUAUGAUAACUGUUGAUUCAUACAUUUCCUUUGAAAUCAUUUGUUAAUUAUAAUUGUACGUUAAAGCUUUCUGAAUAGUUAUGUAAUAUAAUGGUUGGAUGUUUAGGAAAUUGUUUUUAGGAAAAAUAGCUAUGACGAAAUAUUCUUCAGCCUCUGCCCCACUGGAGAUGACACGAUAAUAAUAUAUGUAAAAACAAAAGAAAUAAGAAUCUGGUUAAUUUAACCGAACCUUUUGUUUCUUGUGGCCGACAUAUAAAUCACGGCGAUUUAUUAUAUUCAACACAAGAAAACAUAUUUAAAAAAACGUGUUGACAGUAAAUUAUUUGUAGAAGGUUCAUGUUAACUCACAUUAACACAUGACAUAUCAUACGUGUCGCGUGUGGUUUAUAAAUGAGUGACAGCUUUUUUUCCCAAAAACAUACAUUGUAAGUUAGUGAAUUGUAAUGAUCAUCUUAUAAUCAAAUAUAUUCUAUCUAGCUGUACGUAAAGUGGUCAAAAUAUUCAGUGAUCGAAUAAAAUUGUUACACCA